AUGGCUGGCUUCUUGGAGAUGACCCUAGUCUUCAGGAAAUACCUGAUCAUAGUGUUUGUACCCCUUUUGUUUCUUGCUCUGCCUCUGGCUCUUCCUACCAAGGAGGCCCAAUGUGGUUAUGUCAUCAUAGUGAUGGCACUGUUCUGGUGCACAGAAGCCUUGCCGUUGGCUGUCACAGCUCUCUUUCCUGUCCUGCUGUUCCCACUAAUGAAUAUCAUGGAUUCAACAACAGUCUGCCGGGAGUACUUGAAGGACACCAAUAUGCUUUUUAUUGGGGGACUGCUGAUGGCCAUUGCUAUUGAAAAUUGGCACCUACACAAGCGUGUUGCUCUGCGGGUCUUGCUUAUCACUGGUGUCAGACCAGCCCUACUCCUCAUGGGUUUCAUGAUUGUGACCGCCUUCCUGUCCAUGUGGAUCAGCAAUACCGCCACCACUGCCAUGAUGGUCCCGAUAGCACAAGCAGUGUUGGAACAGUUGCACAAGUCAGAAAUGGAGUCUAGCACAGCUGGCCAAGCAUCUGAAAACAUCAAUAAAGCCUUUGAACUACAGGAAGAGUCAACUAAAACAGAUAGCUCCAAAGAAACAGAGGAAAAGGACCUAGGUAAUAGUCACGUCCUGACAGUCGAGGAAGACAGAAAGAGAAAUGAAAAUCUGCUAGAGGAGAAACACAAGAAAUUGUGCAAGGGAAUGUCGCUCUGUAUUUGUUACUCAGCCAGUAUUGGAGGGAUUGCAACUCUGACUGGGACAACACCAAAUCUGGUACUGCAAGGACAAGUUGAUGAGCUCUUUCCUAACAAUGGCAAUAUCAUCAACUUUGCCUCUUGGUUCUCCUUUGCCUUCCCCACCAUGAUCGUGUUACUGGUUUUGGCGUGGAUUUGGCUGCAGAUACUGUACUUGGGCUUUAAUUUUCAGAAGAAUUUUGGUUGUGCUGCAAAUGCCACUGCAAAGGCUAAGGAGCAACGGGCCUAUGACAUUAUCAGAGAAGAAAGCAAGAAAUUGGGCUCAAUGAAAUUUGCAGAAAUAGCAGUUUUGAUCCUCUUCAUACUACUGGUACUGCUCUGGUUUACAAGAGAUCCUGGUUUCAUACCAGGUUGGGCAACAGUUCUUUUCAACAAAAAUGAUACAAGCUAUGUCACUGAUGCUACAGUGGCCAUCUUCAUUUCAAUUUUGUUGUUCAUCAUCCCUUCCGACAUUUCUAACAAUGAGAGAGGGAGCAAGUCAAAGAUCCGAGCACCUCCAGCUCUCUUGGACUGGAAAGUAGUUCACCAGAAAAUGCCAUGGAACAUUGUGUUUCUGCUGGGAGGUGGCUUUGCCUUAGCCAAAGGCAGUGAGGAAUCUGGUCUGUCUGCAUGGUUAGGUAGCAAACUGACUCCUCUGCAGCAAAUCCCUCAUCCAGCUAUUGCUCUCCUGUUGUGUCUCCUUAUUGCCACUUUCACUGAGUGCACCAGCAAUGUGGCCACCACUACCCUCUUUCUCCCUAUUCUGGCUUCAAUGGCUGAAGCGAUCUGCCUCAAUCCACUCUAUGUCAUGCUGCCCUGUACACUUUCUGCAUCAUUGGCGUUCAUGCUCCCAGUGGCCACUCCUCCUAACGCCAUUGUCUUCUCAUAUGGACAACUCAAGGUUAUAGAUAUGGCCAAGGCUGGGUUUGUACUCAACAUCCUAGGAGUUCUGACCAUUACUCUAGCCAUCAACACCUGGGCUUCAUCUCUGUUCCAACUGCAAACUUUCCCAUCCUGGGCUAAUAGGACAGGCACCUGCCCAUAA